AUCCGAUAAAGGGGGAUUUCCGAGAAACUGGCCUUCAACACGUGCGAACACGGGAACCAAAACAAAUGUAUUUAAAGAUGGACGCUGUUCGGACUACGUCUUGUGUAUUUUUUUGUAGAUUGUCCGUAUCUUUAUUUAUUUCAUUAUCAAUAAGUUUAAUCACCACACAUCAAAAAGAACCACCUGAUGUUGUCAAAGGACAAAGAUCACCUAUCGAUAUGUAUAAAAAAUUAUUUGAGGAACAUAGAGCUAUACAACUGGAAGCUGUGAAAUCCAUCCAAAACUUCGGGGACUACAAACAACGCUUUAAACUUGUCGAGAUGACCCUACAGAAACUCUUUACAGUUGUCAAUGAAGCUAAGGCAAAUUUAACAGUGUGGGGGUACGUGCCGGGUGACUCUUUCCCAGAUAAUACCACAAUCAGAGAUGGACUCUCAAAGGUUUUUGAAAACACAGCCAUGUUUGGAGACUUGGUUCUUCGCCUUCCUGACAUCGUCCAUGCUAUUUAUGAUAAAAACAAAGACUGGCAGCUGCUGAUUGGCUGGUGCUACUGGUUCUGUAGGGAGUCUGGGGUGUUCGAUGGCACAAAUGGAAAACUACUACAUUUGAUGGCACAAGAAGUCAACUUGAUUGAGAAAGAAGAAAACUAUAUAAAUCCCUUUACAUUGGAGAACCAGCUAAAGCAGGUGAAGUGGAACAUUGUUAUUAUCAACAACCCAAUUUAUUUUUGAUAAUCAGCGGUGUUAAGGUCACAAGCAAGCAAAUACAAAAGCAAGAAGCAGUGAAGAGAGAGAGCACAACAAGAAAGAAGAAGAAAGAGAGGAAGAAAGGACCCCAGAUAACUAGAAUGGAACUGUGACCAGCAGUGCAUUCUGGGAGGGGGAGGGGGGGGGUUAGUUGUUACAUCAAUAUUAAUAUUAAACAUUGUUAUUACAUGU